CAAACACUGAACUAAACGGGCUCAAAGUUUUGGUUGAGCAAUAUGGAUUUAUUGGAGCUGUUUUUUGUUUCUCUUGGUGCUGCAGUUGUUGUGCAUUAUGUUGUAAAACUACUGCUUUUUAUCAGGAUACUUUAUCCAAAAAUAUGGUUUCCACUACCAAAAUCAUUUUUCACAUCCAUGGGAGAGUGGGCAGUGGUUACUGGUGCAUCAGAGGGCAUAGGAAGAGCGUAUGCAUUUGCGUUGGCUGAGCAAGGGAUGAAUGUGGUUAUCAUUAGUAGGACCAAACUGACAUUGGACCAGGUUGCCAAGGACAUAGCCGAUGCCACAGGGAAGAAAGUUAAAGUGAUAGUAGCUGACUUCAUAAAAGAAAGUGUCUUCAGUGAAAUCGAGGAGCAGCUCAAGGACAUGAACAUUGGGGUUUUAGUUAAUAACGUGGGCAUGCUGCCCAGCUUCAUUCCCAGGGAAUUCCUUGAAGCUGCAGAGCUCGACCAGACAAUAUUAAAGGUGAUAAAUUGCAAUGUGAAGACUAUGGUCAAGAUGUGUAAAAUUGUCCUUCCGGGAAUGGAGGACAGGGGCAAAGGGGUUAUUGUGAAUAUUUCAUCUGGAAUUGCCUCUGUCCCUUUCCCCUUGUAUACUCUGUACGCUGCAACAAAGGUGUUUGUGGAAAGAUUUUCUCAAGGUCUUCAAGCUGAAUACAAAGAUAAAGGAAUUAUUAUACAGGCAGUGGCUCUUGGGGUCUCCACCCGAAUGGCAGGUUAUCAAAAAACCAACAUGAUGACUCUGUCACCAGAAGACUUUGUAAAAAGCUCCCUGCAGUAUCUUAAAGCUGGAGAAAAAACAUAUGGUAGCGUCUGUCACAUCCUUCUGGGCUGGUUACUACAGACUAUUCCUCUCACGCUCCUCUAUGCAGAGUCUGUGCAAAAGAGUCUGAAAAGCUACGUCAAGAGCAAAGUCCCGCAGAUGAGUUCCACAGUCACAUCAAGCACAGUCUUUGAAAAUAGCAGCCGUAAGCGCGAGUAAAACAUAUCUUACUGUGAAUACAUUUUUAUUUUGACACUAUAUGUCCUGAUUUUAAAAAAAAAACAAUAAUGAAAGUUGUUCAAUAUUGGAUGAAAGUAUAGUUUGACAGUAUUAUAAACUGCUUUAUGACACAGUAGCACUGUAUAAACCACCACCUCUUUUAUUGAUACAUUUUGUUUCUUCAAUGUAUUCAGACAUUCCUACACAUAUUUUAAUUUGUUAUCAACACUUGUGCCCAUUUUAGCAUCGAAAAAAAAAAACAAAACCAAAAAACAUGAAUUUGCUUUUUUUUUGUUGUUGCCUGAAAUUAAUUGGCUUUUAAUGACAUGACCUAAAGGGUGCACACAAAAAUGUCUACUCUUCUGUAUUUUAUAUGUGUUUACACAUUGAAGAUUUUCCAGAUUAAAUUUGCCUGAAUCUGAAAUGGACUUAAGCUUUCAAUUUCAAUAAAAUAUUUUAAAAUCAUAA